GCGGCGUCCCUGUCAUGGCUGCUUCCGCGCUGGUGUCGGCGUGGGGCCCGCUACGGCCCGGCGUCCCCGGCCUGUGCCGCCGCCGGCCGCCCAGGGGCCUGUGGGCGCACGCACGGCGGCUCCCGGAUCCCGCGGGGUCCGGGCGGAGCGUGGCCGCGGUCAGCGGACCUGGCGCCUCGGGCACUGACCGCUACUGCUUGGAGCUGCUGCGGAAACGAGAUUAUGAAGGCUAUUUAUGCUCCCUGCUACUCCCUGCAGAAUCCAGAAGCUCUGCUUUUGCACUGAGAGCUUUCAAUGUGGAACUGGCUCAGGUUAAGGACUCCGUCUCUGAGAAAACAAUUGGACUGAUGAGAAUGCAGUUUUGGAAAAAAACUGUGGAUGAUGUAUACUGUGACAGUCCACCACAUCAGCCUGUGGCCAUUGAACUAUGGAAGGCUGUCAAAAGACAUAAUCUGACUAAAAGAUGGCUUAUGAAAAUCAUUGAUGAAAGAGAAAAAAAUUUGGAUGACAAAGCAUAUCGUAACAUCCAGGAACUGGAAAAUUAUGCUGAAAACACACAGAGCUCUCUUCUUUAUCUAACACUAGAAAUAUUGGGUAUAAAGGAUCUUCAUGCAGAUCAUGCCGCAAGUCACAUUGGAAAAGCACAAGGCAUUGUAACUUGCUUGAGAGCAACGCCGUAUCAUGGUAGUAGAAGAAGAGUAUUCCUUCCCAUGGAUAUUUGUAUGCUGCAUGGUGUUUCACAAGAGGAUUUUCUACGGAAGAGCCAAGAUAAAAAUGUGAGAGAUGUGGUAUAUGACAUGGCCAGCCAGGCACACUUGCACCUAAAGCAUGCUAGGUCCUUCCACAAAAGUGUUCCUGUGAAAGCAUUUCCUGCUUUCCUUCAGACAGUUGCUCUGGAGGACUAUUUAAAGAAAAUUCAACAAGUGGAUUUUGAUAUAUUCCACCCAUCUUUACAGCAGAAGAAUACUUUACUUCCAUUAUCUUUGUAUAUUCAGUCAUGGAGAAAAAGAUAUUAAAAUAAUUUCGUGGCA